AGUCCGUUGAAUAUGUAAAUGCUAUUCUGGGAGAAUCUCGUUAUGUAUGAUAAGUGUGAUUUUCAGUAUGCAAGGUAGAGAAUAAAGGAAACUAUUCCAUGCUCAAUAUCUAUGGCGGGGGGUGUUACUAAAAGCGCGAGCGCCUCCAAAUUAUAAUCUGAGUUAGCCAAUCGAUAGGACUCAUCGAACUCAGUGUAGAAACACCCCAAAGAAUUUUUAUAGGUGUCCCUUUUAAGCAUACAUUUUCAGUGAACAUCCACGAACACCGAAAAAAGUGUUCCAAAUUCAUCUCUAGAUUAUAUUAGAUGUAUUACUACUAUUUUCAACCAGGAAAAACCAUUUUUAAGGAUUUUUGAAAAAAUUCAUCCUUGCCGAUAUGACAUAACUAUAAAGGUCAGAAGAACCUACAGAUGGAUUUGGCACACGUUUUUGGGUGUUUGUGGAUGUUCAUUGAAAAUGUACGCUUACAAAGCACACCUAUACGAAAUUUUUGGGGUAUUUCUACACUCAGUUCGACGAGUUCUAUUGACUGGCUAAUUCAGACUAUAAUUUGGAUGUGUUUGUGGGUUUCUGAAAUACAACAAAAGUUGUGUUUAGUAAUUUGAUUGAGUUCUUUUAAAAGUGGAAGCAAGAUCGAAAUCGAACUUUUGAAAGUCCCAGUCGAUCCGAGCAUGAUCUGAUUUUCUUCACCCUCUGACAUGUUUAGAGUUUCCUUAAUGAGAGUUCUUUAAAAAUGAAGAAUCUCUUGCGAGAAUAAACCGUAUUUUUUUUUUCGUAAAUAGGAUGCUAUAUGGGUUAGACCUAUACCAGAUGGUCUUUUCAUACAUUUUCCAAAUGAUCCUAAUUCUCCAUAUUGUCUAGCAAUAUUAAAAAAUGUACAAAAGAUUAAAGAAGCAAUUCGGCAUCAUUUAUAUUUUACAUUAAGAAAAACUCAGAAUAAUACAACAAUGAAUGAUUAUUAUUUUGGACUUGCUUAUACUGUUCGUGAUUGUCUUGUUGAACAAUGGAUUCAAGCAUCUAAACAAGACAAUUUAAAUAACAAUGAAAAAACUUUAUACUUUUUAUCGAUAGAAUUUUGUAUGGGAAAACAAUUGAAAAUGAUGAUGAUAAAUUUAGGUAUAGAAGAUGAUAUUUAUCAAGCGGCAUAUUUGGUAAGCCAUUUUAACAGUCCUACAGCCUCGGUAAAAGUUCUCCAUAUAAUGGCCUGGCAUUUUUAUAAGAAAUUAUUUGAUAUUGAACAAUAUGCAUAUGGAUUUGAUGAAACUGGAUAUACAGCCGGUUGUAUAAUUCAGUCCUUGGCAAAUAUGAAUAUAGCGACAAUGAGUUAUGGAUUACGAUUCGAUCAAGGUUUCUUUCAACAACAGAUCAAAGAUGGAUGUCAGAAAGAAACAUUAAAUGAUUGGUUGACUGGUCAACAGAAUCCAUGGGAAAUUAUUCGAUCAGAAAUAAUUUAUCCUGUACAUUUUUAUGGAAAAACUGUUGAAAAGCAGUGGAUUGAUACCGAGAUUAUUCACGCAGUGGCAUUUGAUUCACUGAUACCUGGCUAUUAUAAUCAGAGGAUAAAUACGUUACGCUUAUGGACAUCGAAAAUUGAACGAAAAUUUGAAUCUAAACUAGCUACAAUUCAAGAUAUUUUGGCGCAAUUCAAAGCAGAAACAACAACAAAAGAUUUUAAUCUGUUGCCAAAUAAAGCUAGUAUUCAUCUACAUGAUGAUAAAAGAGAUUUUAUGUUUUUAUUAACAAUUCUUGAACUUAUGCGCUUAUUAAUUGAUCAAGAACAUUUAAGUUGGAAUGAUGCAUGGUCAAUAACAACAAAAGUUGUAAAUAUAAAACAAUAUAAUAGUAGAUUUACAAUGCCAUCGUCUUAUAUAAAGUUAUUGACAUUAGUCUUACCAAGAAAUGCUGAAAUUAUGAAUGAAAUUAAUGUUUCAUAUUAUUGGGAAGAAAAUAUUUUACCAUUGAAGCAACAAUUAUUCCAUAUUGGUAUUUCACACUAUCGUUGGCUAUUGAAAAUUAAUCCAGAUUUAUCCGAUGUUAUAGCUAAGAAAAUUGGCUUAAAAUGGUUGCUAAAUUUCGGUGAAAUGAAACAAAUAGAAACUUUUGUAGAUGAUGAAAUAUUUCUAAAUGAUAUCUUACAAGCGAAAGAGGCAAAUAAAAAACGUCUAGUAUUUAUGUUAGAAAAUAACUAUGGUAUUGAGAAUAUUAAUGUAAAAUCAUUGUUUUAUGUACAACUUAAACAUAUCAAAGAUUAUAAACGACAUUUAUUGAAUUGUUUAUGUAUCAUAACAACUUAUAAUCGUAUGAAAAGAGAUUAUCAAGACGACAAUAGUAUAAUUAUCCCCAAAACAUUUAUAUUUGCUGGGAAACUUUUAGGCCUCGGUUUGGUUGAUACGCUAUGA